AUGUCAACCUACCCCUACUAUCCCCCAGGCGUCUCGGUCGCCAACUACACCCUCAACACCAGGUCCACACCAGGCCUAAUCACCAUCUUCGUCCUCACCUGCACCGCCAUCCUCACCACAACCCACGCCUUAGUCAAAAGAUCCCACCCCCAAAUCCCCACCCCCGACCUAGCCACAGCCCAAUGGUUCGUCCUCUGCGGCUGCAUCCACCUCAUCCUGGAAGGCUACUACGCCACCAACGGACUAGGAGACGGUCUUGGUGGAUUGCAAGACAAUGUAUUCGAGAGCGACGGGUGUGACAUAUACGCAAGUGGACAAACAUAA